UACAGUGCAAUGGACGAUCUUCUGCCUUCGUAUGAAAGUGCAAUCGAGCAGAACCCUUGGGAGCUCGUCGCGCCCUAUCUCAAUUCACAGUCGUUGUGUACUGCCUCGUUAGUUUGCCAGAAAUGGCACGAGGUUUUCACGCCGCACCUCUGGGGCGCUCCUGCCUCCCACUUUGGUGUUCAGAAUGACACAGUUUAUGUCGCCUUGACUCGUUUCAAGCGAACUUUACACUGGUCGCGGGUUUCAGUCCGAGAGUUGACCCAUACCCUCCAUUUGCCACCGGCACACGCCGAGAUCUAUGGUGGCCCACACUACGAAUGGCUACGUGAUUGUCUUGAACGCCUUCCACGUUUGCAGUGUUUAAUAGUAGAUGGGCUGCCUUUUUUCAACCAUGCAUGCCUUCUCACGCUGAGGCACUCUAGCUCCUGGUGGAGGCAAACCCAUCCAAAUGCAUAUCCCGUCUUUGGCCUUCGCCUUUUAGAUGCGUCUGGCUGCUCAAAUGCCACUCCGACGGGCUUAGCAGAUGCUCUUCCUCACUUUCCAGAUUUAGUUUCACUGGACCUGUCAAAAACUCUUGCUGCAAAAGAUUCAUCAGUCUUCAGCCAAUUGUCACAUCUUCGGAAUCUACGUGUUCUCAAGCUCAGAGGAUUGGGUCUGCGAGACACCGACUUGGCCAACAUCGCCUCAGCAAUUGGUGUCCGUGUGCGAAGUCUCGACGUCACUGACAAUCAACUCACUGACACCAGCGCAAGAAUUCUUUUAGAGAACUGUAUCAAGGAAGUACGUGUGCAUCAAGAAUUGAGUCGUGUGAGCAGUCCUCGUUCCCCAGUGCCUUUCGAUAGACCAAGAGACGAAGUGGGUGAUGCUUCAACGGAGAAUUUGGACGGUCACUUGAGAAAUAAGCUCACAAAAGGCUUCAUUGGUAGUCUUGCCAUAGAGAAAGCGAGGGAUGUCGGCAUUACCCACCUUUACCUGUCGAGCAAUAAUAUGACAGUCGAAGGUAUUUCUGGAAUACUGCGGUCAGGUAGACUACAAGUUCUGGAUUUCGGUACUUUGCCUAGCUUUCUCGCAAGCCCACACCACUCCCUGCCAGAAGGGCAUGACGGAUUACUAUUACCAGGUGUCGAGAAGCUGACGCCAGUGCUCGCGCAUUACGCAGGGCAUAAUCUGGUAUAUCUCCGAGCUAACUACACUAUUAUUACCAAGGAUUGCGCGAUGAACGCCCCCCUGUCCCCCAGGGCAAAGCUCGAUGCUCGCGAGAAAACAAUAACAGAUCCGCCACAAGCAGAACUAGCCUCCGACGGACCUGCCAUUCAUGAACUUCCAGGGGACUAUACACAUCCUAUAGAGCUUCCUAGCAUAGUGGCUGGUGGGAGUGACAAGAAGAACCGAACUUCUACUCCUACUAUUGAGCUCACCCCAGAUAUCAUAACAAAUACAAAUUGUGGAGUAUCCGUUUUCUCGAGCCAAAAUGAAACCACCUCAUCUUUGAGUCCCACGCUUGAUGCAACAGGCGGGCUCUCGCCUCAAUCUGUGAUCCUCGAGGAUAAAGUACUCGCGCGGUCCAUCGAUGAGGCGGAGGAGAAACUUGUAGUCGAAAGCCCUCCCCGCGAUUCUAUGACUUUUGCAGAAGAUCGAAGGGCGCGACUAGACAUGCGGCAGUCUGAAGAGAACCGGCUGCAUCCAAAUAUGCUUCCGAAAGUUCACACCCUCGUCUUGACUGAAGUCCCAAAUCAGACACAUGAUGCGGAAGUUGUGAGUAGACUGAUACAGUUCAUUAAGGACUGCGCGGAGGAAGAUGGUAUAGCGAGGUUACGCGCAAAACACACAUACAUGCUUCCUCCUGGCCGUAAUCGUAAAACAGGCGAGCUUGAGUACGCCAAAACAAUAUUCGCGUUACGCCGCAUUGUGUUGGAAGUCGCAGUACCGCAGUCAACACCCAAGAAAAUUACUAGCAGUUGGCGCGCGUACCCCACCAAGUCGUCAACCGAAGACACAGACUCAGAAGCCUUUUGGGAAGCAGCAACAUAUGACUUCUCAUUCUUUAGUGACGAUGAGUGCGGAUUGCCCACUUUAGAGCCUGGUCGUGGUCCUCCACUUACGGCAAUGAGUGGGCUAAUGCUAGAUACGAGACAGUCUGCAGCUCCUCCCUCGCAAAUGAGGCAACCUGAACCCAGGUUCAAGCCCGCGAUUGAUGUUAUCGGCGAGAUCGGCAAGUUCCGAAGGGAGAGAAAGGCUGCAUACGAUGCUGCAUUCCAGUCAAGCAGUAGCGAAUCGGAGCCUUCAGUGGAAGGGCACUGGCCAGGAAUCAUUACCGUGGUUAGGAAACAGAUGAACACGGAUGCGGGAAUUCUCGAUUACUACGGCAACAAAUUCGAGGCCGGCUAUCUUUAUCGAUGA